CUUUCAUCAUCCUCCACCACCAUCUCCCUCCCAUCCCACCACCUCCCCGACCGCACAGCGGAUACAACACCGAACUUCCUCCAAACACCCACCACAACAAACACCUCUUCCACCACCCUCGAGACUGAAGACACACCGCAAUCAUGUCUUCCAUUCCCACCAAGAUCAAGGACGCGCUUCCCACACACCUGAAGCCAGGCAAUGGCGCCGAGGGUGACCGUCACCACGGAAAGUCGCAGUCGCAUGUGGCUUUCGAGAACACAUCCACAUCCGUUGCGGCUUCGCAGAUGCGCAAUGCCCUCAACAACCUCUCAGAUGGCGUUAAGGACCCAGCUCUCAAGAAGCGCUUCGAGACGGAAAUGGACAACUUCUUCGCCCUCUUCCGCCGCUACCUCAACGACAAGGCCAAGGGCAACGAGAUUGACUGGAACCGCAUCUCCCCACCAAAGCCUGAGCAGGUCGUCGACUACAACAGCCUAGGCAACUCCGAGUCGGUCGACUUCCUCGGCAAGCUCGCCGUUCUCAAGCUCAACGGUGGUCUCGGUACCUCCAUGGGCUGCGUCGGUCCCAAGUCUGUCAUUGAGGUCCGCGACGGCAUGUCUUUCCUCGAUCUCUCCGUCCGCCAGAUUGAGCACCUCAACCGCACAUACGACGUCAACGUCCCAUUCGUCCUCAUGAACUCGUUCAACACCGACGCCGACACCGCAAGCAUCAUCAAGAAGUACGAGGGUCACAACAUUGACAUCCUCACCUUCAACCAAUCCCGCUACCCACGUAUCCUCAAGGACUCGCUCCUUCCCGCACCAAAGUCCGCCGACUCGCAAAUCUCCGACUGGUACCCACCAGGCCACGGUGACGUUUUCGAGUCGCUCUACAACUCUGGCAUCCUCGACAAACUCAUCGACCGCGGUGUUGAGAUUCUCUUCCUCUCCAACGCCGACAACCUCGGCGCCGUGGUUGACCUCAACAUCCUCCAGCACAUGGUCGAGACAAAAGCAGAGUACAUCAUGGAGUUGACAGACAAGACCAAGGCUGAUGUCAAGGGUGGCACCAUCAUCGACUACGAGGGUCAGGCUCGUCUGUUGGAGAUUGCUCAAGUCCCCAAGCAAUACACCAACGAGUUCAAGAGCAUCAAGAAGUUCAAGUACUUCAACACCAACAACAUCUGGAUGAACCUCCGCGCGGUCAAGCGCAUCGUCGAGAACAACGAGCUCGCCAUGGAGAUCAUCCCCAACGGCAAGACUAUCCCCGCCGACAAGAAGGGUGAGGCCGACGUCAACAUCAUCCAACUCGAGACCGCCGUCGGUGCCGCGAUCCGUCACUUCCACAACGCUCACGGCGUGAACGUGCCUCGUCGCCGUUUCUUGCCAGUCAAGACCUGCUCCGAUCUCAUGCUCGUCAAGUCGGACCUUUACACGCUCAAGCACGGCCAGCUCGUGAUGGACCCCAACCGUUUCGGCCCUGCUCCUCUCAUCAAGCUCGGCAACGACUUCAAGAAGGUGUCCAACUUCCAGAGCCGCAUCCCUUCCAUUCCCAAGAUCCUCGAGCUUGAUCAUCUCACCAUCACCGGAGGUGUGAACCUCGGCCGUGGUGUCGUGCUCAAGGGUACCGUCAUCAUCGUCGCGACCGAGGGCUCGACGAUCGACAUUCCUCCGGGUUCCGUGCUCGAGAACGUGGUGGUGCAGGGUAGCUUGAGACUGCUCGAGCACUAG